UCAGCCGUAUCCCGCGUUAACCGUAAUCCGAUAACUGUGACCCAUCCGAUUGUGACUCUCGUGUGAUGGAUGUGAACUGAACAUGGAGGAGGAGUCGAUGUCUGGACACAGCUGCUCCGAGGACGAUAUCAGCGUAGGCCGCCCGUCGCCGGCACCGUCGCGGUCGCCGUCUCCCCACGACUACUUCAGGCCACUGAAGAGGCUGAAGAUGGCCUCGGAGCCGGUGGAGGAGAGACGCGGGGAGGGGGUGAAGAGCUUCUCUAUCUUGGACAUUCUGUCGCACAGCCCUCGCACUCCACCUAGAAUUGUCCGGCCGUGGGAUGCGUCUGGUUUUGAAAGGCUGCAGCGGCUGCAGCGGCUAGCCGGAGCGGCUCUGCUGGACGGCGAGCGGUGGCGGCUGGCUGCCCUGGGGCUGCUGAGGCCGCGGGAGAUGGUACCGGCGGAGUGCUGCGACUCCGCGUCAGAGAGAUCCUCCUCCGCGUCAGACUGCUGCUCGGAGCCGCGAAGGGCCCCGCAGCAGGGCACGAAUGCCCCCCACACGCCCCUGGACGCCCUGUUCCACAUGACCAGCAAAACCUUCGAAGCCAAUAGCGCAGAUAGCGGAGAUGGUCAAUCGAAUCAUUUGAACCUAUUCAACUCGAGGCCGCAGCCGAAGAAGAAACGAAAAUCGAGAACGGCGUUCACCAAUCACCAGAUAUUCGAGCUGGAAAAGAGGUUUCUCUACCAGAAAUAUCUUUCGCCGGCCGAUAGAGACGAGAUAGCCAGCUCCCUGGGCCUCUCGAACGCUCAGGUCAUAACGUGGUUCCAGAACAGACGGGCGAAGCUCAAAAGGGACAUGGAGGAGCUGAAGAAAGAUGUGGAAAGCGCCAAGGUCCUGUCGGCGCACAAGAGUUUUCUAGAAAACGUGACAGAUCUUGGCAUACUGAAGAAGAAAGCCAUGAGCAUAGGAGCCAGCGAGGAGGCGGCCACGAACCUGGUGGUCAACGCGUCCAAAUGAAACGAGGCGGCGCGGGCUCUCGCGCCGGAAUACGAACGACGCGUGCUCGAUUUUUAAAUUCAAAAAUCGAACAUGGACGAUUACUUUAAAAAAAAAACUAUAGUGACGUAGAAGUGUAAAUAUCGCGGUUUUGUUGUACAAAAAUUUAUUUCGAAUUCAAUGUGAUAGUUGAUUUUUAUUUUAGUACUUACUUAAAUAUCUCUAAAUUAUUUAUUAAUAUCAUCUGGCAUGUA